AUGUUCACGAGUCGCUUCAACGCUAUUCGCCCAGAACCCAUGUGCAGCAUUUGUGGCGAGGCCGGGGCCAUACCAGAUCAUUUCUUCUGUAUAAGAUGUCUUCCGAUGGUAAUCGACGUGGCCGAUGUUGUCUUUAGCGAUGCCCUCACUCGCAAGGGAGGAGAACGGCUUUGCAGCAGUUGUCGUGCUGAUCUGAAACCGGUUCUCAUGUCAAAACUCCUUGACAACUUCUUUCAAACGUUUCGUCCUGACUUUGAAAACGGCCGCGUCACAUCGCCCACCCCGGUGUCGCUGACUAUUAUUAAGUGUAUUAUGGAGCUUUUGGGCGAAUUUGUCGAAGAAAUCGAAGAAAUGAUUGGAAAAUGUGGACACUUGGCUAUGGUUGGAGAAGAACGCGACAAAGAGACUGAAAAAAGUGCUUCUGAAAAGGAUGGAGAGCAAGGAGAAGAAGAGAUGGUAGUAAAUGUUGCCUCUGAGGAUGGCGAUGAAGACGAAGAAGUUGGAGAAAAUGUUCUCGCCGAAGACGGAGAUGGGGACGGAGAAGAGAACGCACGUGAAGCUCCCGAGGAGGAUGGAAAAGAAAGCGGAAAAGCGCUCGCAGAAAAUGUUUCCACUAUGGAAUUCGAAGAAAACGAAGAAGUGGGGGAAGGGGACGGAGACGAAGGUUUCGCCAAGGGUGAAGAAGUAGGCAAAAAAGACGUAGGAAAUGAAAAUAACCUUCCCUCUAUGGAUGGAGAAGAAAACGGAGAGGAGGAUGAAGAUGAGGUUUUCGCCAAGGGUGGAGAAGAAGGAGUAACAGAGGUUGUGGAAGAUGUGUUUGCCAAAUUAGUAGAAGAAGAACGUGGGAAAGCCACCAUUGAUAAUGCUUUCGCUAAGGAUGGUGGAGAAGGCGAAGGAGAGACCACCGAAUAUGCUCCCACCGAAGAUGGAAAAGAAGGUGAAAAAAGGAUGUGUGAUUAUAUUUUCGCUGAGCAUGAGAAAGAAGACGAGGAAGUAACCGGAGAGCCUAUUCUCGAUAAGAAUGAAGAAGACGAUGAAAAUAUGACGGGAGAUCAUGUUGUUGGGCAAUUGGAGGUGAAUCCGAAUGCUAAUGAGAACGACGGGAUAUAUGAUGAGUGA